GGGUCUUUUCCUCACAGCAUCGGCCCGGAGUCCCGGGGAGGGGCAGGGGCCUACCCACCGCCUGCCCCCGGGGCGGUGCCCCGGCCCCUCCGCCCCUCACCGGCUCCCCGUUCCCGCGGCAGCCGCUCGCACCGGAGCCGCGGCCUUGCCCCGCUCCGCCACCCCCGGUCCCCGCUUCGUGUCCCUGACCCCGGUCACCGGAGGGUCCCCCGUUCCCGCUGGCUCCCGCCGCCCCAAGAUGCCGUCCAACAAAUCCGUCUCGGACGCGCCCAUCGUCCAGUUCACCAACUGCCGCAUCCUGAGGGGCCACCAGCUCCAGAGGGAGGACCUGUGGGUGCGAGAGGGGAAGAUCCUCAACCCAGAGAAACUCUUCUUUGACGAGAAGGGCUCUGCUGACAUCCAGCUGGACUGCAAGGACAGCAUCAUCACCCCAGGCUUCAUCGAUGUCCAGAUCAAUGGAGGCUUUGGGGUGGACUUCUCCCUGGCUACAGAUGACUUCAAAUCAGGGAUUGACCUGGUCAGUCAGAAAAUCCUCUCCCAUGGAGUGACCUCCUUCUGUCCCACCCUGGUGACCUCUCCUCCAUCUGUGUACCACCAGGUUCUCCCUCAGAUCAGUAUAAGAAAUGGUGGAGCCCACGGAGCAGGUAUCCUGGGGGCCCAUCUGGAAGGACCGUUCAUCAGCAAGGAGAAGAAAGGGGCGCACCCGGAGCACUGCCUCCGCACCUUUGAAGCAGGUGCCUUCCAAGACCUGCUUGCCACCUAUGGGUCCCUGGACUGUGUCCGGAUAGUCACCCUGGCGCCAGAGAUGAAGAGGAGCAGUGAGGUGAUCCGGGAGCUCACCAAGCGGGGCAUCUGCGUCUCGCUCGGUCACUCGGUGGCUAAUCUCUCCCAGGCUGAGGAGGCUGUGCAGCACGGUGCUACCUUCAUCACUCACCUCUUCAAUGCCAUGUUGCCGUUCCACCAUCGUGACCCUGGGAUCGUGGGGCUGCUGACAAGUGACAAGAUCCCUGCUGGGCGCAGGGUCUUCUACGGCAUGAUUUCUGAUGGCAUCCACACCAACCCUGCCGCCCUGCGAAUCGCCCACCGAGCCCACCCCAAAGGCCUGGUGCUGGUGACGGAUGCGAUCGCUGGCAUGGGGCUGGCCCCAGGUCGGCACACGCUGGGUCAGCAGGUGGUGGAGAUCGAUGGGCUGAACACCUACAUUGCAGGCACAAAGACCCUGAGCGGUAGUGUGGCUACCAUGGACACGUGUGUGCGACACUUCCAAGAAGCCACAGGGUGCUCGGUAGAGACCGCGUUGGAGGCAGCGUCUCUGCAUCCCGCCCAGCUCCUGGGGAUUGAACACGAAAAGGGGACCCUAAAUUACGACUCUGAUGCAGAUUUCCUGAUGCUGAAUGACAGUCUUUAUGUGCAAGCCACGUACAUUGCAGGCGAGGAAGUCUGGAGACAGGAUGCGUUAGGCAUGUGACACUGGGCUGUCCUGGUGCCCUCCGAGGCUCCCUGGCACUGUGGUUAGCAGCUUUGGUAACCACCCCACUUCUCUCUUUUUUUUUUUUUUAAUUCCUUCCUGCAACUCCCUUAAAGGAGCCUCAUACCAAAGAGCUGUGUUUUCCAGCGCAACCACUGCUUCCAGUUACAGCCAUGCCUGCAACAAAUUUGUUGGUGCUCAGUUGGCGGAGUGGGGAAAGCAGGCAGAUCUGUGUUGGGGGGGAUUGUCAGUCCCUGGAGUGACCUGAAGGACUGCACGGCUGUCCUGCAUGGAGUCCCCAGACAGAGGUGCUCCUGUCGCCGUCUUACAGCAGUGUGAAGCUGUCCCAGCCUUUGCACUGUUUUAUACAGCACACACUAACCUGCCCCAUGCCCGAGGCAGGCUCAAGCCAUUUCCAUUCCUCUGCCUGCUGUUUGCCUCGCUCCCGGGCAGCCGUGGCUGGUUAGACGUCAGCUUCCACCAGCUCAGCUCGCAGCUCUUCACAUUAAAAGGUUCCUGUUGUGUCAGCAGAAGUUGAGGAUCACGUUCUGAUCCCCCGGCAGUCCCUCUGUCAUGUGUCCUCGGAGCAAGGCUGUCACAGCUCGCCGACUUGGUGCCAUUGUGGGGCUGUGAAUCCAUGUGGGCUGAAUCCUCAGGGCAGAGAUCAAACCCAGGAAAAACGAGGCAUUGCUGGUCCUUUGUGCCUUUUCCCUGCAUGGGCAUUGAGUCCACAGCACGUGGUUUCGGCUGGAGACAUGGACAGCAUCCUGCACAGAAAGCAAUGUUCCUCUUAACCCUUUGUUCUGUCUAGAUGGGUUCCGCAGGCUCUGUGCCCAGCCAUACCUAGUAGAGCCUGUGCAUCGUCUGAUGGAUUUGUGCAUUCCUCAGGCCACAGACGGGAAGCUUUUGCUUUAGGGGAUGCAUCCAGACUGGUGGUGACAGGUUCAUGAGCCCUCGGUCCGGCUCAGGGCUUGAGGGAGAGGAGAACUGCAGUGGGAUUCUGGCCUUUCAAGACAGUUGCUGAUAGCUCAUUAUUCCCGUGCUCAUUAUUAUCUUCUCCAGUACUUGACUGUCAGCUCUUUUCCUGACACUUGGACACUUCUAUGUGAAGACUGAUGCUGAUUUCGAACCCACCGCAGUCAGAAAAGCCUUGCGAUAAGUCUUAGACAACCUCUGAGAAGCCUCAAACCAAUUAGAUGGUUUUUGUAGUGAGGGGAGGGCUCAGAUAAGGGCUAAGUCUUAGGAGGGUGGAGGUUGUAAGGGAAGACAAAAGUCUGGUUGGGAUUGGCAGAAGUGUGCCAAUUUUUCCAGUACCUUUUUAUAACCUUUAACAGCAACAUUUGGAAGUGCUUUCCUAGCACUUUAGAGCCCUGCUGGAAUAACUGGCAGCCUUGGAGAAUUUCUAACAUCAACUGCCAACGUCAGCAGAAACUAUAACCUCCACGAUUUGAAGCAUCUGAAAGAGACAUCAAAUACUGUGCUAUGGAAUGUGAAGUGCCACCGCAGUACAAAUCUCAGCGGGGGCACUUUUGACUGCUAUUGAAAAAAAUCCAAGGGAAAAAAAAAGCAUAUGAAACAAGGUGUCUAACUUUUUUUUAUUUACAAAAUUAAAUAAUCAAAAGGAAAUCUAAAAUAGAAAUGGAAUUAAG